AUGAGUACGGAAGAGACUCUAUUGAAUCUCGAUUUCGACAAACCAAACACAAUAAUUACGCCGCCCGAUGACGGUGUGGUAUCUUUAUCGAGUAGUUCAGAAGAGAUUUGUUUAGUGCCAGAGGUCGGGUUCGAAGGCAACGUGGAUUCGCCAGGGGUAAACAGGGAGUCCCAGCCGCUGUUGGGCGGCCGUGGAGACUUCGAAGUAUCAUUCAACCAUUUUCCAGAUGACCCCCAGUUUAGCGAGCUGGUAUGGCAGGCGGAGGUGGCCAUCGACAACGGUAUAUUCCCGGAGAGGAUAUACCAAGGAUCCAGCGGGUCUUACUUCGUGAAGAACCCUGGCGGGAAAAUAAUUGGAGUAUUCAAGCCAAAAGACGAGGAACCCUAUGGCAGACUGAACCCGAAAUGGACCAAGUGGAUGCACAAGCUAUGCUGUCCAUGUUGCUUCGGACGCUCUUGCUUGAUCCCCAACCAGGGGUAUCUGAGCGAGGCCGGCGCCAGUCUCGUGGACUCCAAGAUUGGACUUAAGAUUGUGCCCAAGACCAAGGUAGUCAAGUUAGUAUCGGAGACGUUUAACUACAUGCGGAUAGACCGUGAGCGGUCGCGACUGAAGCGUGCCAUCACGGAGCAGUUCCCUAACUUGAGGUUCAACAGGAUGGGGCUGCCACCCAAGAUGGGUUCCUUCCAGUUGUUUGUGGAAGGUUAUAAAGAUGCUGACUACUGGCUGCGACGGUUCGAACAAGAUCCACCGCCGGCACAUGUCAUGAAGAAAUUCCAGCUGCAGUUCGAGCGGCUGGUGGUUCUGGACUACAUCACGCGCAACACGGACCGCGGCAACGACAACUGGCUCAUCAAGUACGAGCCGCCCAACGCGCAGCAGCCGCCGCGAGCUGAAAUCGACCUCAGGGAUCCCUCCGAGUGGACGGGUGCGGAGAUACGUAUCGCAGCCAUCGACAACGGUUUGGCUUUCCCGUUCAAGCAUCCUGACUCGUGGCGCGCCUACCCCUACCACUGGGCCUGGCUGCCACAGGCCAAGCUACCCUUCUCGCAAGAGACCAAGGAGCUAGUUCUUCCAUUGUUAUCAGACAUGAACUUUGUACAAGAGUUAUGUGACGAUCUGCAUGUGCUUUUCAAACAGGAUAAAGGUUUCGACAAGGGCCUGUUCGAGCGACAGAUCUGGUCCAGAUGCCUGCCGUCAUUGUUGAGAGGUCCAAGAACGGGUCAACGUCGUCGCGCUUCUUCGACUCGUUCCAACAACGGUUCCAGCACAAGUCGCCCUUCUUCUCCUGGUGGUGAGGGACUGCACUGCGAGAUGAAUAUUGAAAAUGGUGAUAAGUUCCACACGAAGCUGAUACCGUAG